AGUUGUAGUGUGCGGUUGAUCCGCUCGAAUGCACGCGUGUCUCUUCGGCUUUGUCGACGUUGCCUAUUUGGUGACGUAACAACAUCCGGGUUGUGUGGGGAAACAUGGAGGACGUGGACGAGAUAAAUAAACCCCUGUUUGCAGGGUUGUCGGACGUGUCGAUAGCGGACGAUAUCCCAGUGGAAGGUGAUAUCACCGUGCCCAUGAGCUCACCGAGUGUAAACGAUGAGAUCUCCACCCUGGAUGAACCUGUGAAGGACACCAUCCUGAGGGAUUUGAAGGCAGUAGGUCAGAAGUUUGUGCACGUGAUGUACCCAAAGAAAAGCUCAGCUUUACUGCGAGACUGGGAUUUGUGGGGACCUUUGCUGCUGUGUGUUGCUCUGGCAUUGAUGCUGCAGGGUGGCGCUGCAGACAGUAAGGAUGACGGUGGUCCUCAGUUUGCUGAAGUCUUUGUCAUCAUCUGGUUCGGUUCAAUUGUCAUCACCAUCAACUCCAAACUGCUGGGAGGAACCAUAUCAUUCUUCCAGAGCCUGUGUGUGUUAGGUUACUGUAUCCUCCCCUUGACGGCAGCCAUGUUGGUUUGUCGUCUCGUCCUACUCGGCUCCAAUGGAUUGGUCAGCUUCAUUGUUCGGCUUGUGGUCGUCACUGCCUCCUUCGGGUGGUCAACGUUUGCCUCCACAGCGUUCCUUGCUGACAGCCAGCCACCCAAUCGGAAAGCUCUGGUCGUUUACCCGGUCUUCCUCUUCUACUUCGUGAUUGGCUGGAUGAUCCUGACCUUCUCUGCUUCAUCAUAACACUCGCUCGCUCUCCACCAAUCAGUCGAGGGACGGAACCUGAAGUCCCUCCCUCCCUUCCCUUACUGUCAUGUUGACCAGGAGGAUGGACCUGAUAUUUUGGGUGCAACAUUUCCCAAAAAAUUUUUUUUUAUAAUUAUAAUAAUAAUAAUAAUAAUAAUAAUAAUAAAUAAAGGGAAAUGGAAUGUGGAGGGCUGGAGAGAGAAAAGAGAGAGAGAGAGAGCGAGCAGCAAACUAUUUUGUACUCUUAACACAAUUCCGUUAGGUUUUCAUAUACAUCAGCGGGAUUACGCGUGUGUGUGUGUGUGUGUGUGCACAGUAAGUUAAUGUGUCUGUCCUGAAUCAGUAAUAUUCACUCCUAAUAAAAACAUAAUUAUUUAAGUUAAUUAAAUCCUUUAGUUCUGAAAAGAAAUAUGAAUCAGCUUCUUUCAUGAAUAUUAAUGAGCGGGGCGGGGCCUGGUUGUGUAUCUGUAUGUGUGUGUGGGUUUCUGUUUAUUUGGAGAGGUUGUGGUGAUGUAGGAUUAAUUCCAGCCGAGAUUGUGUACUUAUCACGUUCUGAAGGUGUUAAUAACAGAGACACAGUCACUGCUGGAGUGUGUUAACCAAAACUCUCGUUCUCUGAGGUCGUGUCUGAGUUUUAAUAAGAAUUUUGGGGGGAAAAGCGUUUUUUUUUUUUUUUUUAAGAUUACGUCAAAAAAUGAAUUCAGACAGAUGCUAUUAGACUCGCGUGAUUUGACAUCGCCAUGAACUAGGGGGCGUGGCUUUGGGGUGUGUCAGUAAGGAAACUUGGGGAUUUGACGUUGCAAUGAACUAGGGGGCGUGUCAGUAAGGAAACCGGAAUCAUUGGAUGCUGACGGUAAGGUCGUUGAAAUUGGAUGUUUACAACUUUUUUAAAAAAGUGACUUUCCUGCAUAAAAUAUGUCACGAUAACGUUUACAACGGCUUCGUAAGUUGAUUUAAAAACAAAAAAAAAGAAAGAAAUACCUUCUGAUCAUUUUAACAUUGUUUUAGGACUUAUGCUGUUCGCUGAAGUUAGUCUCUGAAGAACGAUUCUCAGAAGCUGCGUUUUCCCUCUGAGUGUUCACUAGCUUCAUCUAGCUACAAGUUCUGUUCCUCACUAACUGUACAUAUCGGACAUAUCGAGUGGCUCCUCCCCCUUUUUAAAUAGCCAAUAGCGUUCAGGUUACCUCACGGCAGGUUAGUAGUAUGGAUGUUUAUAAUGUUGGGGGCGGGACCCUGCAGAGCCUACAGAGCGUUUGAUUGGAC